AUGAGUACUUAGAGCAUGAAAGAGUAAAGUAAUACACAACCAAUUUCAAUUUUUGACCCAAAAGAAGAAAAGAAGUUAGAACUAUAAAAGUUCAAAAAAAAUAAAGUGUGUGCUGAAUGUAAAUCUUGGAUAAUAAGAUAAAAGUCAAUAGGAUGUGGAAUAUGUGAAGAUGUAUAUCAUCUAUCUUGUAUGGUAAUAUUUAGUGUUAUAAAUUAGAGACCAAGAUUAACACGAAAACCAAAAAAAUGGACAUGUACACAUUGUCUAGAACUUAAGAAUACAUUUCCAGAUACAAAUGAAUUGGAAGUAGAUACUCUUUGUGGAAGGUGUUAAAAGCAUGUAUAGAGUGAUGAUGAGGAAUUCUGUUCAAAAUGUUCGAAAAUAUUUCAUAGUAAGUGUUAUGGCCCAAAAAAAGUAGCGCCGAUAUGUAUAUUAUGUGAGUAAUAAAAACCGCCAAAAAUAAAAUAAAAUAAAAAUUCGGUUUAAUUCCUACCGCUCAAAAUUCCAUAAAAAAAUUAGAAUUCUUUUAUUUUACCUUGUUGUAUUUAUGAUGAUACAUUGCGUAAGAAAUGUUUUAAUUCUAUUUAAUAUGCUCUAUAUUGUCAAAAUAUUAGUUUUAAUGAUGAUUUAGUUUAUGAGUCAAUUUCUAAAUAAGAGAAUAAUGUAGCUCUUGAAAAAUUAGAACCAUUAAUCGGAAAAGAUCUUGAUACUUUUAAAAAGUAUAAAUAAGUAACUAAACAUGGUUAUUAUGCACCUGUAAUAGUGGAAUAUAAUAUUGAUUAAGGAUUUUAUGUAAAAGCAGUAUAACCAAUAGCAAAUAAUACAUUGAUAUGUGAAUAUGCAGGAGAAGUAUUUCGAUUUGCUGAUUAAGUAUAUAGUACAUCUGAUUCAAUGAUGAGUUUAUUAGAAACUAAUUUUGCUGCUACUUCUUUAGUAAUUAUACCAUAGAAAUAUGGAAAUCUUGCUAAAUAUUUAUCAGGAAUUAAUAACACAAAAAAAAAUAGUAAAAAAUAAUAAUAAAAUGUGAAAUCCUAAAGAUUUAAUGUAGAAGGUGAAUCAAGAGUAAUCUUAUUUUCUUGUCGAGAGAUUAGAACAGGAGAAGUGCUAUACUACGAUUAUAAUGAAGGAGGAUUUAAUUAUAAUACAAGAUACUUUGUUUGA